GCGGAGAAAGACAUUGGUGACAGCCGCUUAGAAACGCCAGGAGUGACUAUAAUUACAUAACAUAAAUAACAGCUAAUAAAUGCACGUACAGGCACAAGCAGAAAGUGAAAUAUGUUUUUUGAUCAACAAAAGUCUGUGAUGGCGUUUCUACAGCAUUUUGCACUUCUUCUGGCAUUAAUCAUAGUUUUCAGUACAUCAUGCAAGGCUGUAACAUUAGAAGUAGGUAGUGUUGAAGUAGGCUAUAAUGAUUCUUCAAAGUCAUCAGCUACUGAGGAUACUAGUACCUCGAUUAACGGUUCCACCGAUGGACACGCUCCUUCAGUAAUCUCUACACUACCUAUCGUCACCUGGAAAUGGCAUCAUAUAGAAACUCCAUACCUGGUGGCCCUCUGGAUAUUGACCUGUUGGCUCUGUAAAUUAGUGUGUGAACUGAACCACAAUGUCACCAGUGUGAUCCCAGAGAGUGGUCUGCUCAUCAUCCUGGGCUUUAUUUUGGGAGGAAUCAUCUGGGGAGCAGACAAGGCGCAGACUUUCAAACUGAUCCCCACCAACUUCUUCUACUACUUGCUUCCUCAGAUAAUUUUAGAUGCAAGUUACUGCAUGCCAAACAAACUAUUCUUCAGCAACCUGGGUGCCAUUCUUAUCCAUGCGAUUAUUGGAACAUGCUGGAAUGCAGCCACAGUGGGCACUGCACUAUGGGCCUGCUAUGAAGGAGGUGCAAUGGGGACCUUGAACAUCGGCCCUCUGCAGUUCCUGUUGUUUGGUGCUCUGAUAUCUGCCGUGGACCCUGUGGCAGUGAUUGCCGUGUUUGAGGAAGUGCAUGUGAAUGAAGUACUUUACAUCCUGGUAUUUGGAGAGUCCCUGCUCAAUGAUGGUGUCACAGUGGUGCUUUAUAAUGUGUUUGAUGCAUUCGUGUCUCUGGGAGGCCUGAAAAUCAAUGCCGCAGAGAUUGUCAAAGGAAUAGUUUCGUUCUUUGUUGUGGCAUUUGGAGGCUCCUUUCUUGGUGUUGUGUUUGCCAUUCCUAAACACAUUCACAAAAAAGUCACCAAGAACGUCCAGGUCAUUGAAGCCGGCUUCAUCGUUGUGCUUGGCUACUUGUCUUAUCUGACGGCCGAGAUGCUCUCACUCUCUGCGAUACUUUCGAUCACUUUCUGUGGUGUCUGCUGUCAGAAGUACAUCAAUGCCAACAUGGAUGAAAAAUCUGUCACAACGUUGCGUUACACUCUGAAGGUGAUGGCCAACGGCUCAGAGACCAUGAUCUUCGUCUUCCUGGGAGUUUCAGCCAUUGAUAAAAACAUCUGGGUUUGGAACACAGGCUUCAUCCUUCUCACUAUCUUCUUUGUCGUCGUAUUCAGGUUCAUAGGUGUUUUCUUCCUCAACUGGGUCUUGAAUCAGUCUCGUCUGAUUCCUAUCGACAUAACAGACCAGUUUGUGAUGGCCUACGGUGGCCUGCGAGGAGCAGUGGCAUAUGGACUCGCGGCCCUUUUAGAUGAGAAGAAGAUCCCAGAGAAGAAUCUGAUGCUUGGUACCACGCUCAUUGUGGUCUAUUUCACUGUCAUUCUUCAGGGGAUCACCAUGAAACCACUGGUUCAAUGGCUGAAGGUUAAAAAGGCAACUCAUUCAGAUCUGACUCUCAAUGGAAAAAUGAACAACAGGGCUUUUGAACACAUACUGACAGCAAUGGAGGACAUCUGUGGCCGAAUGGGAGAUAACUGGUGGACCAGACAUUGGAGCUAUUUUGAAGACAAGUAUGUCUGCAGGCUACUAAUGAAAAGCGAUGCCAGAAAGCACAAAGACCCAAUCUUUGGUGCCUUCCACAAACUCAAUCUGGAGGAUGCCACAAAAUACGUAAUUGAGGGUGAACGCAAAGGUUCUCUGGCUUUCAUUCGUAAUUAUGACAGUGCCUCUGUAGACUUUAAGAAGAAACUUGCUUUAGAGUAUGCAGACUUCAUCACGGCUGACGUGUCAGAAUAUGAUUUUGGCAUUGACAAUGUUCCAGUGACCUCUGUUAUGAAGAACCCAAUUCCAUCUGUAUCCCUCGAUAUCCAUGAGCAAGACAGGAAGAGCAUGCCUGAUGACCUCAGUGCCCAUCAUCUACUGGAUCAGCAUCUGUACAAGAGCAGAAGAAAUAACUGUCCCACUUACAGCCGCAGUCACUAUAACACCUCAGAGAAUCCAGAUGAAAUGCAGGAGAUCUUCCAAAGAACCAUGAGAAGCCGCCUUGAGUCCUUCAAAUCGGCUAAGAUGGGUGUCAACCCUGCCAAGAAACUCUCCAAAUAUCCCAAGAAGGAUUCAGCACAUAAGCCUAAUGGAAAGCCAGCAGACCCACACAGAACCCAUCCAUAUGGAGAUGAAGAUUUUGGGUUUUCUGCUGACAGCGCUUCUAGCAGUGAAAUUGCUGAUCAUUUCCACGGGAGAAGCACAAACACACCCGGUGCUGGUGUUGAUAAUCCAGCGUUCAUACCUGAGAUGGACAUCUCUCCACCCAUGCGAAACCCACCCUGGCAAACAGAGACAGGGAACAAAACGGCUGUGGCACCUUCGCAGAGAGCUCAGGGACGACUGCCCUGGAUGCCCACCAACCUGAGACAUCUAGCACCACUGAGAAUGAGCACCCACUCAACAGACGCCUUCGUGAUGGCUGAUUCCUCGCUUGAUGAGGAGGCACCUGAGAAAAAGCCCGGAACACAUCACACUAGAUUGUAAUCUGAUAUAUUUCCAUCCGCUAUCAUUAACCUGCCAAACAUGCGAUUAGGUAAAUCCUAAUCCAGUGUUUAUAGUAUAUUCAUUGCAUAUCAUCUUAUAACUUGAAGUACUGCUGUGGUUCUAACUACUUAUAUAUAAAAAUAGGGAAGAUAAUAAAUAUGGAUUCAGAAGAGAGUCAUUGAAAUACUUAUGUUUGUUGUUAGGGAAUGUUUCUUUAUACAAAUCCAAGUUGUUGUGGAAGCUGUUAUAGAGCUUUUUUGCUUUGAAAGCAUGGUAGAAAAUAGAAAACAUGAAUCUCAAAAGACAAAAUCAUUAUACUCUUAAACAUAUUUUGUCUUUACAAACUGAGUGCCAAAUAAUAAAUGCAAGCAAUUGUCUAUUGGUUCUGUAUUCGGGCACAUCUUGAUCUUUUUUGACCUUGGGCAUGUUGGUCUAUAUAUAUUUUUAAACUUGGCAUGUUGGAUAUGAUUAUUUAUUAUUGCAUAAUCAUUCUGUGGGUGCUUCUUUGUAGUAUCACAAUGUCUGUUUCUGCAUUUCUGUAAUCUUACAGUGAUUUAUUUUUGUAUUUUACUCAAAGCUAUUAAUGUUUUAUUAGUUGAAUGAAGACCAUUAAAAUGUAUGUCGUAAAAAAAUAAUAGUUUAAAAGUAACUUAUUCAUGUGUGAAUUUCAUGCUUUAUGAGUCCUGGUGAAAUCUGAACUUGGAAUUGGUUAAUAGUGUCUGAUAAAACUUUUGAACCGUAUUUGAACUAUUUUUGAACUGUAACUCAAAGUUUGAGUAAUACAGUAAUACAAUUUGAAUUGUUACUAAUGAGCAAAUAAAAAAUGCGAAGAGCACAAGAAAAAAUUAUUAUCAAUCCUUUGAAUUUUGAGCUGAUUUGAAUUCUAGAAAUAUUAUAUUCCUCUUAUAUUAGUACAUUCUGAUAUGACUGCUAUCAAGAUAUCCAUUGCAGUAAAGGAAACAAAUGUAUAGCCUUUAAGCGAAAAAUUAAACAUUUCAAUAAAGCAUUUUGGAAACAAUAAAGUGCAAUUCAUUAUUAUGUGUACAUAGCAGUAAGCAUUUUGUGUAAAUCAUUACACAAACAAAAUUGUAAAAAUCACAGAGCAGGAUUUGAACAAACACACAAAACACCCAUAAACCCAUG